GAGCUCAUGACGUCGCGGAGGGCAGCGGCUCAGAGACACGGAGCUGAACAUUAACCCCACGCAUGCAGGAGCUGCGGCCGCCUCUCGUCACCUGCUGCUCCGAGUCCGCGCACCGAGAUUCCGCAGGAAAUGUCAGUUUGUAUUGUAUUGUUGGGCAAGGAGCGGAAUAGUUUAUAUGAAGAUCAAGAAGAAGAGAACCUGGCCUCCUUUUAUCUUAGACGAAGAGCUGCAGGAUUACUCGUAGAUGACAACCACCCCGUGUUCACGCUUUACAGGGCCACUGUUUUUGGGACUGUCCAAAUAGUGGCACAUGAGUGUCUCAGCUGGGAUGUUUUUGACCGUGAUAAAUGUUCUCAAAAUAUAGUUGGAGAAGCAGACGUUAUUGUAUUAAAAUACUCUGUGAAUGAUAGGGCAUCAUUCUUGGAUAUAAAGGAUCAUUUUGCUCCAUUAAUUAAGCAGAAAUUCCAAAACUCCGAUGUACCUGUGAUUGUUUCAGCAAUUGGUACAGCAAACAACGAUGGCCCAUUCUGCACAUGCCCACUGUGCUCCUCGGACAGGGGGACCUCUGUUACCUCUUCGGAAGGAAUUCAGCUGGCUAAAUACCUGGGAGCCACAUUUCUGGAGUUGCAAGAGAUCAAUGAUUUCUUUGUUAGAAACUACUUUGGAGGAAUGCUGGAAUACUUUAUACUUGAGUCUUUUAAAAAAAAGUCUACAGUGAAGGGAAAGAAAAAGAAGAAACAUGAUAAAUGCCUUAUGAUUAAAGCCCCCAAAUUAGAUCUACCAGAACAGAUGCCAGUCUUAAAGGAGGAUCCCUCGCAGUAUGAGUCUGACUUACAAAGUUUAUUGGUGCGCAGCCAAUGUGUGGAUGUGAUAUUCUACAAUACAAAUCUAGAACAGAUGUCGGAGGCGCACAGGAUUGUGCUGUGUAGUGUUAGCUGUGUGUUCAUGUUGCUGUUCGGUGAAAAGCCUGCCAGUGAUAUUGAUGACCCCGCCAUACUGAGAACUGCACGUGCCCUCUUUUCUGAGUGUAGAGAAGAUAUGGCGCUUGGCUAUCCAGUAAGAGUGAUUGUUAAAGACUCUCUCUUCUGUUCAUGUUUAUCAGACAUUCUGCACUUCAUUUACUCAGGUGCACGUAACUGGGGGUUACUUGAACAGUGCCUUAAGAAGAAGAUGAGUGAUCCCAGAGAUGCCUCACAUGUUCUUCACAGAGUCCAGUGUAUUCUGAAGGUACCAGGGAAUGAUGACUUUGCAUCAGAUCUGAAUCUUUUAGGGAAACUGAACCUUAGUAAUUCUCUUGGACGCUUUUUUAACACUAAUUUCUUAGCUGAUGUCAUCUUCCACGUACAAGAUGUCACUAUUCCAGCCCAUCGUGCUGUGCUUCUGGCACGAUGUGAAGUAAUGGCUGCUAUGUUCAGUGGGAGUUACGUGGAAGCAAAGAGCCUGCGAAUACCUGUUUACGGCAUUUCAAAGGACACUUUCCUUAUUUUCCUUGAAUAUCUUUAUACAGAUGCCUGCCAUCCAGAAAGCAUUCAGCAAGGAAUAUCUCUGCUCAUUUGUUCUGAAAUGUACCAAGUUCCAAGACUCCAACAAAUGUGUGAAUGCUACAUCACCAAUCAACUCCAGAAUAUGUCUAGCAGAGAACUAGCAGAAACAAGUUUAAGUGUUGUUCAUCUGCUGAGAAAUGCUAAGUUCCAUAACUCAGACGGGCUUUCCAAUUGGUUACUCUAUUUCAUUGCCUCAAACUAUUUGAUCUUCAGUCGGAAAAGAGAUUUCCAAGAUCUGUCAGAUGAAGAACGUGCUUUUAUUGACAUUCACAGGUGGCCUUCCAGUGUUUACUUGAAGCAGCUUGCAGAAUACAGAAGACAUAUGCACUCCCAAAAGCACAGAUGUGCGGUGAUGUAACAAUCAAAUCCCCACGCAACCAUCAGGGGUUCAUGUUUCUGCCUUCCAUGGACCGUCCAAGUUUCUACAUUGAAAACAGUGUAACAGUAUUGAAAGGAGAGAAGUGAAGGAGAAACCCAGCGUGAGAGCCCCAUAUAGCUGCAGUGGCUGCUACCACUUAGAAUACAAGCUUUAGUAAUAAUCCUUGUUAGCUGGUUGGUAUUGGAGAUGUGUUGAAGCCUGGGUCGUGUUAUGCAGUAGCAGUUUCUAGAGACAGACUGGGUGAGCUAGUGUUCUUCAGACUGGGCUAAACAUGCACUGGAAUUGUAAAACUCGGUGAUAUAUAUGGUUCAGUUACGUUAAAUUUGUUCACAAAAUGGUCCAUCUGUGCGUAAAAAUUAACAUAACAUUACUAUGUUAUUA